UGCCCGAGAGGAAGAGCGCGGAACACCGCAGCUUUGAGGCUUCAUCACCGAGAGCUCCCGCGGAGCAGAUGGUGCCGAAAAAAUGACUCGUGUUCUCUCCAUCUUCGCAUACUUCUUCUCUUUGAUCCACUGUACCAGCAGUGCUGACUCAGAGGAGCGUCUCAUGAACUGGUUGCUGGGAGAGGAUCGCUACAAUCUGCUCAUCCGCCCGGCGGUCAACAGGAGCGAGAGAGUCCCAGUGAAGCUGCAGGUGUCUCUGGCUCAGCUCAUCAGUGUGAAUGAGAGAGAGCAGAUCAUGACCACAAAUGUCUGGCUCACUCAGCACUGGGUGGAUUACAGGUUAUCAUGGGACCCUGAAAAGUAUGAAGGUAUCAAGAAGCUGCGCAUUCCCUCCAGACAUAUCUGGCUACCAGAUAUUGUCCUGUACAACAACGCUGAUGGUACCUAUGAGGUAACAGUUUUCACGAAUGCCAUUGUAUUCUCCAAUGGCACCAUCAACUGGCUCCCCCCGGCCAUCUACAAAAGUGCCUGUAAGAUCGAGGUCAAGCAUUUUCCCUUCGACCUGCAGAACUGCACCCUCAAGUUCCGCUCUUGGACGUAUGAUCACACCGAGAUCGACCUGAUCCUGAAGUCUGAGAUGGCUAGUAUGGAUGAUUUUACGCCCAGUGGGGAGUGGGAUAUCCUGGCGCUGCCGGGCAGACGGACUGUCAACCCUCUGGAUCCCACAUAUGUGGACCUCACAUAUGACUUCAUUAUUAAGAGGAAGCCCCUUUUCUACACCAUAAACCUCAUAAUUCCUUGCAUUUUGAUCACCUCUCUGGCCAUUCUGGUCUUCUACUUACCCUCAGACUGCGGGGAGAAGAUGACCCUCUGCAUCUCCGUGCUCUUGGCUCUCACUGUGUUCUUGCUUUUGAUCUCAAAGAUAGUUCCUCCCACCUCAUUGGAUGUGCCCCUGAUCGGAAAGUACCUGAUGUUCACCAUGGUGCUCGUGACUUUCUCCAUUAUCACCAGUGUGUGCGUGCUCAACGUCCACCAUCGCUCCCCAAGCACCCACACCAUGCCUUCCUGGGUCAAGCUGAUAUUCCUCGUCAAACUGCCUGCCUUACUCUUCAUGAGACGCCCUCAAAAUAACUCUGCACGCCAGAGACUUCGCCAGCAGCGGUGUCUACGGGGGAGGAGAUCCAUUUUGGGUAUGGGUUACCCAGUCCGAGCCAAAACAGGUAUCACAAUGUCAAAUUCUGCCCUGCUAUCUUCCGACUCUGCCUUCUCUACACCAGGACACAAAACUGUAGUUCCUCCGCUGGGCUACAGCCACUCCAACAGGAAGGGGGACACGCGCCCAAAUGAUUACCUUCCCAGUAGUUUCACUUCUACCCAGGACUCCCAGCCGAGAAGCAACUCAGACUGGGCUGCUAAUGUCCAGGAGGCGGUGAACGGGGUGCGCUUUGUGGCUGAGCACAUGAUGGGAGAUGAUGAUGAUCAGAGUGUGAUAGAGGACUGGAAGUAUGUGGCUAUGGUGGUGGAUCGUAUGUUCCUGUGGAUCUUUGUGAUAGUGUGUGUGACGGGCACCCUGGGCUUAUUUCUGCAGCCUGUCUUCCAGACUCAGAUCGUCCCCAACCAACAGCCCAGCUCAGAGGCUCCACGCAUAUGAUGAACCACGAAGAACACGGGGCGAGUUUUGAUCAUUUUAUCUUUUUCAGCAAUCAAGAAAUUAGGUUAGGGUAAGUAUUUUUUUUGUGUUUAGUUAAAGCCUAUAACCCUAUGGUGAGAUGCAAACUCAUUGUGUACAUCAGUGAAGAGACAUGAUCUUUUUGCAAGAUAACAACAUCAAAUGUCCCCUGAUAAUUAAAACCACAUGGUCGACAGCAAUAAAACCCUCUACAGCACACAUUAUUUGGUGGAAAUUGUACUUCAGUAAGGGACCUCAAGUGACAUUAGAGGUCAUUUCCUUUAAUGUCUAAGGACAACUGCAGACCUGGAUUGAAUGAAGCUUUCACCCCACUGAAGUAUGCUGAACAGUUACAGAAAUACACCAAAUAUGUCUGAGAAGUGAUUAACAUCUUUCAGCAAGAUGUUGGGGCAACUGUGACUCAGAAGGACAGUAGUUCAUUACCCCGCCGCUGCAGUCAACAUAUUGAUAUGUCCUCCGUCAAGAUACUUAACCCCAAAUUGCUCCAGAUGGCAUGGCCAACGGUGUGUGAGUGAGUACGGAUGUUAGUUUCCCUAAGCAGGUGGCACCUUCAGAGGCGUUUUUAUAUGUACAAAAGUGGUGGGGCGCGAACAACUUAGAUGUGUAUACAUAA